UGCCGGCCUCCUCCGCCAUGCACCUGGGGCCGGUGGUGUCCAAGGCGCUCAGCGCGGCCUGCUUGGUGUGUUGCCUGUGCCGCAGCCCUGCCAACUACAAGGACCUGGGCGACCUGUGCGGGCCCUACUACCCUGAGGACUGUCUGCCCAAAAAGAAGUCACGGCUGAAGGAGAAAGCGCGGGCAGAGGGCGAGGAGGGCGGCGCAGCGGAGAGGCCCCGAGGGGUGGCAGAGAGCAGCUGGGCAGCCGGCGGCAGGGCAGGCAGGCAGGAGGCUGCCGCGGAGCCGGGCAAACCGGGCGUGCUGCGCUCCAGCCCCCGGGGUGUGUUCCGAAGGCUGCAGAGCUGCUACUGCUGUGACGAGAGGACAGAGGGCGAGGAGGCGGCCGAAAAGCCCCGGCGGCACGAAUGUACCAAGGCCGAGUCCCCGCCGCAGCCCGAGCCGGCGGGCGACACGCAGGAGCACUGGCUGCACGAGGCCUGUGCCGUAUGGACCGCUGGGGUGUUCCUGGUGGCGGGGAAGCUCUACGGGCUGCAGGAGGCCGUCAAGGCGGCUGCCGACCUGAAGUGCUCGAGCUGCCAGCAAGCAGGAGCCACUGUGGGCUGCUGCCAGAAGGGGUGUCCCCACACCUACCACUACGCGUGUGCCGUCGACACAGGUUGCUUAUUAACUGAAGAGUGCUUCUCUCUGAGAUGUCCCAAACAUAAGAGACAGCCGGUGUAGCAGCACGGGAGGUGCAUGGCCCCCGCCACCAGCGAGGGACCCGCAGGGGGGUGGCAGUGCCACCAUCCCCAUCUCGGAGCCAUCGGGGGUCACCAGAGGAGUGUGGCCCCCGGGGUGGGCACAGCGCUGCCGGCUGCCCCCCUGCCUCUCUCCCCAGAGCCCUUCUGGGUGGACAGAGCCCCUGGGGUGUCAGAAUGGGGCCGGGGGCACGGAGCCCCCAGUGCGGCGUGACGGGGUCACCAGUGGUGCUGACACCCGCAUGGCGAACACAGAGACUCUGCUCCAGGACAUGUGAGCUGCACAGGGGUGGGAUAGGGUGGG